CCACUAUCUCCCAAGAAGGCCCAUAGGUUUACAAGGCCCUAAAAACUAUUUAGGUAAGUUCCUUGAGAGGGAACCUGCAGUUUGCUCGAGACUCUCGGUUUAUACGCAUCGUUUGUUAAAUUUACACUAUAACCGAGAACCAUUUUUACUAGUGAAUAGUUUUGUUAAAGACAAAACUAUAUGUUACCAUUUAGACAUAAGUUUAUUAGUUAUUCAAAAUGAUGACUAUGGACCAGCGAAAUAGUGCGAUUAAAGUGGAGGACUAUCUGGAUCGAUAUUCGUAUCCAGACACCAAAGAAAAUCUGUCAACGGCGAAGCCGUUUGACCCAACAACGACGACUCGCGAAGAGCCGUACUGGUGGUGCGAGGGUGGUUACAGUGGUAACGAGAUUGAAAAAGAUAAGAGUGCAGCAGUGGCGGCGGGUGAGCUAGCUUGCAUACAGGCCUACGUGAACAUGGCGGGGUAUGUGAUGAAGGCAGGCGCCCUGACCGGAGGUUCCCAAUAUCAUCCACACAGCCAUCACGGUAUGGGAGUUGGUUCACACCCUCAUCCACAUUCACAUCCUCAUCUGGGUGCUCCUCAUCCCGGUUUAGGAUCGCCAUUUGCUCUUGCUACACAUGGACAUCCUCAUGGCCAUCCACUUGAUCAUGGACUUGGUGCCUUUCCUCAGGGUGUUACGCAAAGAAAACAAAGAAGAGAACGCACGACGUUCAGCAGAGCACAAUUAGACGUUCUAGAAGGAUUAUUUACAAAAACAAGAUACCCAGAUAUAUUUAUGAGAGAAGAAGUCGCCAUGAAGAUAAGUCUGCCCGAAUCACGAGUGCAGGUUUGGUUUAAGAACCGCCGAGCAAAGUGUCGGCAGCAAUUGCAACAACAACAGCAGCAACAACAAGGCCAGCAGCAGCAACAAGGCCAGCAGCAGCAACAGCAACAUCAGUCUCAAACAACACCAUCAAAAGCAUCCUCAAGAUCAAGCCAGCCGACGAAUCAGUGCGCGAAUAAACCACAAGCACAGCCGGCAUCGAAUAGUCAAACAACAGGAACGACGGGAACAGGAGCUGUACAAAAUCGUCGUGCAUCAUCGGGAUCACCACCACGUGGCAAAGAAGCACCCGCUUCAAAUUCAUCACCCCUUAUGUCAACCAACGCAACAACAUAUCCACGAUUGGGUGCAACUCCAACUGGCGGAAGUGGUGCAAGCAGCGCACUAACAACACCGUCACCGCCAUUAACACCAGGCUCAAGUCAGCUCCCACCAUCGUCAUAUCCACCACCAAUUAAUCAAAUUCAUCACAGUGACUACGGCUUCCCGUGGAGUUCAGCGUCGCCUGGUAACGCCGCCAGCCAGUGUUACGCCGCCGGUCAGACGGCUUACAACAGCUAUCAGAAUCAUUAUGCAUCUGGUGAUUAUUAUCAAUCACAACUGUCUCACAUGCAUCACAGUCCUCAGAGUAAUUACCAUCACCAUCAUCAUCAUUCUCAGUAUCAUCCCAACAUGUCUCUAACAUCUUCAAUGUCGCAUUUAGGUCAUCAUCAUUUAAAUACAACCGCUAAUGAUAUGUCUGCCUCAUCGCCAGGUGAUUCCUCAGAUACUUAUAUUCUACCGGAACAAAAAUACCAAGCGAUGGUCUAGCGCUCAAAUCAAUUGAUUGCUUCGGACGUUAUUUUUCAUCGUAAUUAUCAAUCACUAAUUGUUAGCACUAAUGAUGAUGAUAAUAACGAUGAUUAAAUUUUGUACAUUUCAAAUUAUAGUUCCGUUAUUGAAUUUCGUAGUUUAAAAAAUUGUAAUUAGUUAUUGAUACAUACAUUGUUUAAUUGUAUAAGUCCACACUUAAUUUAUUUAGAAAAUUAAUUAUUAUAUUACAUAUAUAGUAACUAAUUUUUUUUGUAUUACCUGCAUUGUAACUCUGAGGUCAAGUGUCUUUAGCCAGUCAAAACGAACCAAUCGCAGAAAUUGAUCAGCUUCUGCUCGUUAAAUUAGCUUAUGACUUUGUUUUGUCUCCGCCAUCAUCGCGUUGGUUCGCUAUAGACUUUUAUUUGAGUUCCGUUAAAAAAAUUGAAAGUUAAUAUAAAGUCAUUGUUUUCUAUGUCAAAUUUGCUCACUCUCUAAAAGUGAAGAAGUGAAUCUGCAAUAAUUUUCACAAAUUCAAGUUUAGAGAGUAUUAUUUUUUUUCCCGCGCUACAAAUUUUUUGAAUAUGUGGUAGCACUAUCACUCUAAAUUAGUGAAUCUUCACUAAUCUUGUUCUAGAGAAUAUACAAAAGAAAAGAAUUUUAGAAAACUAUAGUAUGAUUUUUUUUUUACCACGUUACCAGUUCGAAAUUCGUCUAAUGUGGCUUUAGACUUACAAACUCACUUUUUCAAUGCAGGUUACAUGGAAAUUAUAUUGCGUGUCCCAGAAUUAAACACGAUGUGAACUUGUCGUGUUUCAUCUCUUGUCACGCAAUAUACUAUCGUUCAAGCGCAAUGAUCUCGUUAAGAAAAAACAAAAACAACAUUAUUAUCUAAAGAGAUUUAGAUUUUGGAUUUAGAUUCGGAUUAACCGAUUGUUUUACUGGUUUAAUUAACUUGCAUUAUACACGAUCAUCGCUUUUCCCGUCAUGUCAUAGUGUGGAGUUAAUUGUCUUUCAAAAAUCUGCCUGCAUUAUAAAUAUUCCACAAUUUUGACGUUUUUUUUUUUUUUUUUCAUUAAUUAUCUAAUGAUUUUUUUUUUUAUUCAUGUUCAUUGUUUAGUCUUUCACAAAAGGCCAAAUUCUGUAUCAAAAUGCGUAUUGUUUUUUUUUUUUUCUUACCAAUUGUUUGUUAAUAUAAUUAUAAUGCCAGGAUCUUUUGUGUUUAAUCACAAAUAUCUUAUAAUUUUUUGUAUUGUUAUAAUGUUAUAUAGAUAAAUUACGAUAGGUUCAUAUCAAAGAGGAUCAGUAAGACAAAUUGUAAAUAUUUAUAGUAAUUAGUAUGAAUGAUGCUAAAUUAAGAUAAAUAAUAAGAUACGUGUAAGAUUUAAUAAAUUUAUUUCAUUGCUGAUUAAUACGUAUGUGUAUAUAUAUAAAUAUAUUAUUGUAUAUCUAUAGGCAUGGGUGAGGUGAAACGAGAUAGUGUGGCAAAAUAGGACAUCAUUUUUUAACAAUGAAAUCUUUUUUUCCUAAAUUUUUAUAUAAAUCUCUAGAAAAAAUAUUAGGUAAGUUGGUCAUAGUUUAGAAUUUUGAUCGAAAAAAUUUUUUUCGUGUUGGCUAAAAUUAAAAAUAGAAAAAUGCUAAUGCCCGUAAAAAAAAUAUAAAAAAAUUUUAAUUCUAUGUUUCAAUUAAAAACAAUUCUGAAACAAAAUUAAAUAUCAAUUUCACGUCGAAGGUGAAUUUAUAAAAAAAAUCCAUUUUACUCCCAAGUUGAAUUUUUGCUGAUUAAUAAUUUACUAACUUAGUUGAUUAACACGAGAAAUUUUAUUUUGGUCACAAUUAGAAACUUCUGUACUAGAAGUAACCAAUUCACCCUAUAAUUUAUGUAGAAAUUUUAUACAAACAUUUACGAAAAAAAAAUUUUAUGUUCUCGUUAAAAAAUGUCCCAUUUCGCUACAUUGAGUCAUUUUGUUCCACCUUCACCUACACGAGAAAUUAUUCUCGUUUCAAGAGCUAUGAUUUGAUGAUAAAGCUGGACCACGUCAGCCAACUGCAGAAUUUGAAAUAAACCCAUGCGAAAAUUACUAUGGCCACAGUAAAAUAGAUAACGAUUAUAUCCCAAAUUAUUGUAACCACUAUCAGUUUUACUAUGACCAUAGUAAGUUUCGCUGUGGUUAUUUCAAUUUCCACCAGAUGGCCACAUGGUCCGACUCUACCAUGACACCAUAGGAUUUCAAACGAUAAUAAUUUCUCCGUGUAUAUAUAAGUUUAAAUCGUUGACCGCAAAGUAAUAAUCAAGGAUAAUAUCAAAAUAUUAAUUAUAAUAUAUAUACAAUAUUAUAUGUAUAUUAAAUUUAAUUAAUUGAUAAUUCAAAUGCAAGCUCUUGAUUAUUACUGUUAGCAUGUACUCUCGUGAUUAUUCUGUGGAAUAGACUGUAAACUAUUAACUUAAGAUAAUUGAUUAAUUAAUACCCAGAUUAUCAGUAAUAUUACAUAUAAGAUACUUAGCCUAUUAAAUCGGGAGAAAGAGAUAAAGUAUAAAUAUAAAUAAGUAAAAAGCAUUAUAUUAGUACAUAUUAAUGUAAUCGUCGUGUAUAUUUUAUGGAUACAGCUAAUAAUUAUUGAUCGAAUUAAAUAAUCAAUACUAAAUCACGCAAUUGAUUAGUUAAUGAGUUAAUUGUACUUAAUUAUUAUUGUUUAAACGAUAAAAGAUAUUACUUAAUUGUAAUCAAACAAUUACUAUACGUAACUCUGUAAAGGAGUUAAGAACUUUGUAAUAAAAGUAAAUUUAAUAAUAAUUAAUGUAAUGCUAUCGUACGUAUAAAUAUUUAUGCAAAUGUAAA